UCAAACCGGCGUGUUUUGUAUUUAUGCCGUGUUGUUUUGAAUUGAACUUUAAAAAUUUUCAGAAACAGUGCAAUGUCUGGGGAUUCUCCUACUUCUGAUUCCGAAAUUAGUGCUUGCAGUUCAAAAUUUGAUCCAGUCAAAACUCUUUAUUCGAGUAGAACAUUAAUUCCUGUUGAAAGUGCACCUUUAUACAACAGUGUCGACCAAUUCGAAGCUUCUCUUCAGAGUCAAAAUACCAUUGUACCCGUUGGACACAGUGAGUUAGUCCGCAAACAGAAGGAGGAAAAGGAAAAAAGACAAAACGAAGAAGCUCGACAGUUAGCAGAAUUGAAUAGGCAACGAUUUGCAAAAUACGAAGCUCCCGUUCCGAGCCGACCGCCGCCGGCCAGGACCAGUAAGAACGUACUUCACCGCAUCCAUGACAUAGACGGUCCUCUCGCCGUGCUCAAGCAGUGCGUGGACCAGAGACUCAGAGUAAAGGUGAUAACGCGGGGCGCGACGGGCAUCAGGGGCGAGCUGCAUGCCAACCUGAUCGCUUUCGACAAGCAGUGGAACCUGGCCCUUACAGACGUGCUGGAAAUUUGGAAUAAGAAGGCAGUGAAGAAGAGGAAAAUACCACCAGCUAUGGUUGCGUCAGUGGCUAAAGGGACAGCGGCGGCGAUGUACCCCGUGCCCCAGGUGACGGAGAAACCUCUAGGUAAGGGUGUGUGGGCGUGCAGGCGGCAUGUCCCGCAGCUGCUGGUGCGCGGCGAACAUAUCGUACUGAUCAACUUGGUUCAACGAUGAAGGGAUAGAUAUAAUUGUUUUGCAUAAGUUAGAUAGAGAUGUAAGAUCUGAUUGCCUCGUUUUGAAUAGCUCGUUGACAAGUGCUGUUUUCAAUUUGACUACUUCGAAGCACUUAUUACGUCUUACUUGUUAUUGUUAUAGUACUGAACAAAUUAGAAUCAUAAUUACUUGAAAAGUUAAUGCACUUGCGAAGAUAUAAUAGAAAUAAGAUUAUCAUUAUAU